AUGGACGGUGGACUGUUGGAAGAUGAAAAAUCUGAAGUUGAGUUCGACACUAGCUUUUACAAUGACUGGGACGCUGAAAUAAACCGCUUCAGAAGACAGGAGUCACCAGACCAGGAACCGGAAACCAAGGAGUACUUCCUCACCCCAUUAUAUGCUAUAACAGGAUUCUUCGCUUUCAUGAUGUUUAUAGGACCGUUCCUUGUGAAAAGAGGUCCACUUAGAGGGAGUUUUGUAGACCUUGCGACUUUAGCAAUGCAUCGUCGGCAGGAAUUGGAUGAAAGAAUAAGAGUUUUUCUAGAUAAAUGCGAUCUUGCCAUCGAUGGAAUAGAAAAUCUUAAAACACAGGCCAAAAGUUUCGUCGAUCACUUAAAUUGUGAACCGUCAGAACUGAAAGACCGAUUUCUGAAUUCGAUGAAGAAAUUAGAUGAAUAUAAUUAUCUCAUAACAGAUUUUAAUUUAGCUGUGAGUAAAAUUGAUUCAAACAGCACAAUAAGCACUACUCCUGUUCAAGAUAUCUCAACUAGUUUAAUGAUACCAGAAUGUGUUAGUUAUAACCUUCUUGAUGCAAUCAGCGAACCGAAACCUUCAACAUCAAAAGCUCUGGAGAAACAGAAAAGGAAGAGGGUGCCAAGGGAGGAUCAGCUUCUCAUAACAUUUUCAAGCAAUUCAUGUUCAUCGGAGAGUGUUCCAAUAACAAAAUCUGAAAAGAAUAUCCAAUCUGAUAUUGAAGAGAAUAUUAAAAAGAUCUCCUUAGAUGAUUCUUGUUCUGAAUGUAACCUGCCGGCCCAGAGCAUCUUGCAGGUGGAUAACAUUUAUACAGCUGCUAUAGUACAUGUGGAUGGCAUAUCAUUCUGGGUUAUAACAGAUAAUCUGACGGAAGUUUGCGAUUUAAUGACAGAAAUGACCAGUUACUAUAAAGAGAAUUUGGUGGAGUUAAAUCUUGACCAAGUAAUGGCUUUGACCUACUGCGCGUAUCAUGAUAACGAAGACAAUGAAUGCUUCUACAGAGGACUAUUCAUUAGGCUAAGUGAAGAGGACAUGUGUAUGGCGGAGGUGUUCCUUGUAGACACGGGUGAGACACGCCGGGUCCAGGCUUCAACACUCCAGCCUCUACUGCCACAGUUUGCUAACAUUCCACCGUAUGCACGGUGCUGCCAUCUAGCGGGGUCAGUUUCAGAUGAACUCGAUAACUAUGAACAUGUAAUAGAAGGAAUUCUGAAGAAGUACAUCGGAAAGACAUGCAAGAUUAAGGUUGAUGACAAUACAUCGGAAUCAUUGGGGGUGUAUGUCAUUGUUAAGUCUGAAAGAUCAUCAGACCAUGAAAUUCUCAACGACAUCAUACUCAAAGAAAGUCAGGCUUUAAUAGAUGAUAAAACCUCUCAAGGCCCUGUGUCUAAGGUCGAUGACUUUGAUGAAGCUACCUUCGAUAUAACAAACUGUCCUGAAUACGAGGAUCCUCUGGAAGCUGUUACAGGUUAUCACAACCGUGAUGAGAUGGACAUCUGCAAGCACUACAAGGGAGGAGCUGACAAGACCUGCUUCAAGGGUUCCAGGUGUAGGAAGAGACAUGUACUCAAACAUCCAGAUGGCUGGACGUUAGAUCAGGUGCCAGUGGUUGCCAAGUUCAGACCUCUACCGCUCCCCGCCCCUGACACAUGGCUAAAGGUCAAGGUCACGCACGUCGCGCACUUUGACCGCUUCUACGUACACAUUGUGGAUGAAAAACAGGUCACGUGUCCAGGUCCUCCCAGUUUCGGCGUGGUGCUGCCUCCCAGGAAUCUGGACGAACUCGUCAUUCAGAUGAACAGUAACGCCGCUCGAAUGGCCUACAGAAAACUAACGAUAGUGCCAGCGCCGGGCGAGCUUGUGGCGGCCUUGUACUUGGACGACAUGUGGUACCGAGCGAGAGUGGUGUCAUCUACACGAGCUGAUCAAAAUGUAGAGGUGAUGUAUAUAGACUACGGUAACGUAGUGUGGGUGAAUGAAGAUGCUGUUCGUGAGUUAGAGCCUCGUUUUUGGUCGCUCGAGGCGCAAGCGUGUCGCUGUGUACUAGCCGGAGUGCGUCCUACAAGCAGCGACUCACGACAAUGGGCAGCCGCUAGGGACUACCUCACGAGACUCAUCAAUGAAAGGACACUACGGGCUCAUGUCAUAGCUCGGGAUUAUGACGAAAUUACAGUGGAACUGUUUGAUGAUGGGGAACGGAAUAUUAGCGAGUUGAUGGCUGCCGGCGGGUACGUGAAGCUUUUACACUACGAUGUCAUACAUGACACAAGCCGCACGCAGAUUGUUGUACCGUAA